CGCUUUAAUGUUACUCAACUUUAAUCGUCCGAUCCAGUCGAGAAACGGUCUUGCUAUAGAACGGACGCCUAUGUUUGAUAAUACCUACCGGCUGAUUUGUGUUUUGUGUUCGGUUUUGUCCCAAUAGUUCUAAAGUGCACCAAGCACACAGUCAGUGUCUCUUGAUCUUCGUCACCCGGCGAUAUCAGCGAAGCGUUAAUAUUCAAUUAUUCAAUUUGUGCGGUUUGGGAGGUUGUGCGAAGCUGCUGGGCAGGAAUUCUGUAAAUCCCAACCAUUUGGCAAACUGCGGUGAAGAAAGACUUGGUUGUGCCUUGUGUAUUGUGUGUGCUAGUGCAUUUAUACAUAUCUGCCUGCAUUGAUCGAGCGCGGCUUUUGAUCCACUGUGGAACGCGGCACGUCGGUUAUAGGUGUUGCAUCGCUGUUACGGUUUACUAGCGCCGAUUGGAAAGUUUUAUUUUCUGUUUAAUAUUAAAUAGUCGCGGCUAAACAGAAGGUGCUUGUCGCUUGAUUUUAUUUAUUUUACGUGAAGCUAGCCGACGAAAACAAAAAGUAAACAACAUGUCGACCUCCUGGGGAUACACUGAAUUGAACGGACCACAUGUCUGGCCGGAAAUGUACCCACAGGCCGCUGGCCAACGCCAGUCGCCGAUAGAUAUUGUCACAGACAGGACCCAGCAGUCGAGCGACCUGAAGCAGAACCCACUGCGCUGGACCUACGUCCCGGAGAACACACGCAGCCUGGUCAAUCCGGGCUACUGCUGGCGCGUGGACGUCAACGGCAAGGGCUCGCAGCUGACCGGUGGACCGCUGAACGAUGAAAUCUUCAUCCUGGAGCAGUUCCACGCUCACUGGGGCUGCUCGGACGGCCGGGGCUCGGAGCACACCGUGGACGGAGAGUCCUUCGCCGGUGAGCUACAUCUGGUGCACUGGAACCAGACCAAGUACAAGAGCUUCGGCGAGGCGGCCGGGCAGCCCGAUGGGCUGGCUGUGUUGGGGGUUUUCCUGAAGGUCGGCAGAGCACACCCGGAGCUGGACACCAUUGUGAAGCUGUUGCCAUUCAUUACCCACAAGGGUGACAAAGUUACCAUCAACAAGCCAAUGGAUCCGGCCAAUCUCCUGCCGGAGUCCAAGGCCUACUGGACCUACCACGGUUCGUUGACCACUCCGCCGUGCUCGGAGUCGGUCACCUGGAUUCUGUUCAAGGAACCCAUCGAGGUGAGCCAAGGGCAGCUGGAGCUGUUCCGUGAGAUGCGUUGCUACGACGCCCGCGAGGACUGUCCCUGUGACGAUUCGCUGCACAAGACGUUCGAGUACGGCAAGGUGGUCAACAACUACCGGCCCCCACUGGAGCUGGGAAACCGCGAGCUGCGCGAGUUCGGAGGCCACUGAGCUUCGGCCAACGAUCGGACGAUUCCGGACGACCCGAAAACCUAGCAAACCGAUAUUGGACCCCCCGUUGUUGUUGUUGUUACACCUUUUUGUAAAGAACCCUUACAUUGCGCCGAGUGCGAUUGAGUUUUGUCGUUGUUCAACGAUUGAAAAGCAAUAACACCAAUAUUACACCACUUGUGCAUGCACGUUGUCAAGUGUGUCUGUUUCAACACGAUUGUCAAAUGUGAACAGAUCAAAAGGACAAUUCUUCUGUGUGAUUUAGUCAAGAGAUAUGCGAGAUACGAGACGGGUCCGCCACUUUUAAGUACGUUUCGGAGGAGUUGAUUUCCUUAAAUUUUAAGUUAUAACAUAUGACCAAUAGGCGUUUUCUGCAACGUUAAUUGCAACGCACUCAUGGGACAGACAGGUUUAGGUUACGGCCGCCUUAGCUGAGUAGCAUAGCUUCAUCAAGAGCCAGGUGCAGUGCAAUCCAGAAGUACCAUUGGAAUUUCGUUUUUAUUCAUUACCUUGAUUCUUACAUGCUGAGUUGGUAAACACACGAUAUUAUAUUAAUAUUCCAGUGUUACUGUAGUAUAAAAUCGGAGAAAUUCAGUUGGCCAUUUAUCAAUUAUCGUUAUGUAAAAAUGUGAUUAGGUUAAAAAAAUAUUUCGUAUUGUAUCGCUUCAGUCAGGACCAUUUUCUUUUAUCACAUUAAAAACAUGUCAAGUACAACACUGAUGAAAAAUAUUGUAGAAAGUGCCUAAAAUAACAUUGAAAAUACAAAAUUAAAGAAAGGAUUACAGCAGUCAGCAAGUUAACACACGAGGAAACAAACCGUAAACAGUAUUUCAGGGAAAUUGGUAGUCAAUUAAUCGAAUCCUCGCGUGACAACGAUCGCCCGGCUAACAGAAUAGGACAAAAUAGCAACUGAAAGUAGGACGUUUAAUCUAGCAAUUCCCUAAUAUUGUAUCGUCUUUGUGCCACUUAUCUAGUAAGUGCUGCUCUUUUAGCACCCUAGCAAGUACGAAUAACACGCUCUAUUGAGAGCAGCAAGACAAGAAUGUUAGAAAUCAUUAUAUUGUGACCAUUUAUUGAGAAACAUGUAUUUGAACCAACACGUAGUUGUAGCAAACAA